AAAACCGUAAUCUGUGCGUGCAUCUUUGCACAGAACUCAAAUGAGUGCUGCAAUACAUUGCAGUGCAUCUUCGGCAUCUUUCUGCACUCAUCUGGUGCGCUGCAAAGAGUUAUAGAUGUACUUGCACAUGCCGGCCUCUCUAUCAGUGCA